AAGGUGCUAUUUUGGUCAUUUUAGUUUUUAGUGUUAUUUUUGUGAUAUAAACUUAGAAAUGUGCUAUUUGGGAGAUUUGCCCUUUAAUAUAGCGCCACAAAUAGACGCGCAUAUUAUCCCCGGCAAAAAUUGAUAAAACGAAACCGCUCCAAAAACGUUUAAUUCGAAAGUCUCCCGCUCCCUUACUAGUCUAAAAAGCCUCCUUGCACACUCUCUCUCUUUCGCCUCGUCUUGAUCUCAAUUAGGGUUUUCGAUUUCAUCGAGAUGGCGAAAUCAAGCAGAUCCAAAGGAUCGUCAAACAUCGGGAACGGCGUUAUUACUCCGACGCAAAUCGCUUUCAUCGUCGAUCGUUACCUCCACGACAACCGGUUCUCUAAAACCCGAUCCCUCUUUCGAUCCGAAGCUUCGUCUCUCCUCUCCAAUUCUCCAGUUCGUGAUGUUCUGAAGAGUUAUUUGACUCUUGAAGAUAUACUGAAAGACUACGUAUCCCUAAGGGAGCAGAAAGUGGCGUUGGAUCAUGAGAAAGUGAUAUUGGAGAAGGAGAAGGUUAGGGUUCAGAAUCUAUUGCAGGGGAUGCAGAAUGUGAUGAACACUUACAACGCCACCUUGAUCUCUCCUCCUCCUCUUCCGGUGGCAGCUCCGGCUUCUCAACAGAAAAGCCACACCAUCUCAUCAGGUUGCACUCAGGACAAUACACAAAAUGCUAAUGAUGUGUCUGUAUCUUUGCUGGGUAACAAAAGAGUACGCUGUGGGAAUUUUUACACACCUUCGACCACUCAUCAUCAGCUUAUAACCAGAAAACGAAAGGGUCAUGAAACUUCUGUAGAAGCUCCUUCGGUAGCUAGGAAAGCUCGAAUUGGUAACUCAACAGCAAAUGAGUCUAGCAGGAUCACACAAGCUGAGGAAACAGCUAACGAUUUCUCGUCUCAAACUCCAUCCGAAACACUAACAUUGGCGAAAAACUCAUCAGCUAAUAAGCCAAUGACGGGUGAUGUGUCAAGCGUAGCUGAUUCAUCGCUUACUAGUAAUUCCACAUGCCUUAUGACACCACAAAAACAUGCUUCCUCUGUGAGUGGUAAGUCCAACAGUCCCCAGAAAGAAGUUACUCCUACAAACUGCACGAUUGUUACAAAGGAGAGAUUCACAAUCAGCCCUCUCAAGCAAAUUACUUCUUAUACAAUGGAAAGGAGCCAUCUUAUCUCUUCUUCUUCACCGGUCAAGUCCAACCUUAAGAUGUCAAAUAAGAGAGACCAUGUAAAAGGAAGACUCAACUUUGAUGACACUGACACAGACAUGUGCCUUGAGGCAGCACCUACCACGGCAGAUUUGGCUUCAUCUUCUCCAUCAGGGUCUGAGCAGGAAGUUGAUUUAUCUGACAUUGAUUUUUCUAUCUUGGCUGAAGACUUCUCAUUCUCAGAGCUACUAGUUGACUUUGAUAUUGGCUUUGAAGGAAGUACCCACAGAACACCAAUUGGAACGGUUUCAUGGUCGUCUCCGGAAUCAGGGAAUGGGGAUCUAUAGGCUGAUCAGGCCAUGUCAGAGUAUACACCAAAUGCGCUUGAAGUGAUUCCAUUGUUGUCUGCCUCAUUUGCAAGAGAUGAUGCUGAGUCUGCUGCAAAGACCUCUGCUGGUGCCUAACUAUGGUGACAAUUCUCAAAUUAACUAUGGUGACAAAGUCUUCUGAUUCAGUUUGUAUAUAUUUAACUUGGUUUUAACUCUAAAGUAUACCAAAUGAUUUCUCCCUC